UCGGCCCCCAAGACGGGGCCCCAGAGCCCACAGUCCCGACCAGCCCAUGCUCCCUCCCUCCGAGACCCUCUGCCUUCCGGCCGCUGGGCCGCCCUUUGCCCACCUCCACGCGCUGACCGGGAUCUUCUCCCAUCUGGUGCUUUUCCCUUUGGUUGGGGGUGCUGGCAGCCAGAGGAAGGGGCAGAAAAGGAGGGGCUCAGGAACCAGCAGCCUCCUGAGGACCGAGAUGUUGUGGAGAAGAAAGCCCCUCCCCUGGGCCCCCAGAGACCUUCCCAGCAGAUUGGACCCCCUGAACCAGACCCCAGCCCUAGGGGCCCUUCUGCUAAUGCUGAUGCUGUGCCCGGCCCUCUGCAGCCCUGGCCCCAGGGUGCCCCUCGCUGGAGCCCUCAGACCUGAUGCCCGGACCUUGCCUGAGGCAACCCAUGGCUCCCCUCAGCCCCUGAGAGGAGAACAAGUGCCGGAGCCAAUGCUGUCACCCCUGCUAAAGGCCCACACCCAGGGCAGGACAGGCCAACGUGGAAAAGGCCAAAGCCGGAGUCGGAGCCAGGGCCGAAGGAGAGCCCAGGAGUGCCACCUUCACACCCAGCUGGUAAAGGUGCAUGAGCUGGGCCUGGGCCAUGACUCUGAUGAGCUGAUCCGAUUCCAGUACUGCAGCGGGGCCUGCCCAAAGGUCCGAUCCAACCACGACAUAAGCUUGGCACACCUGCUGCGCUCCGGCCGGCUGCGCCUCCCUGCCCAGCCUGGGGGAGGCUCUGUCCGGGUGCUCAGCCACCCCUGCUGCCGGCCCACAGCCUACAAGGCUGUCUCCUUCAUGGACGUCAGCAACACCUGGAGGACUGUGGACAGUCUCUCUGCUGCUGCUUGUGGUUGCCUAGGCUGAGGGCCCGCCGCCCCUCUGGGAGCCCAAAGCCAUCAGCAGCCGACCUCCCUGGGCCUGAACGUGCCCACCUGCCAACCUCGGCAGGGCAGCCAAGGGAGAAGCCCCCCAAAAGGCCUGCUGGGCCCUGGGAGCAGAAGAGAGGGACAGCUGCUAGGGGCCAAGCCCCCAAGCCUUUGGCAGGGCAGCCACAGAGUGAGUGUCAGAGGAGCCUGGGGAAAGGCAGGACUUGUGCCCCUGGGCCAUACCCAAGGCUGAGUACAGCCAAGCCCUGGAGCAGCCUCCUGGCACUUGGGGCAGCUAUUUAUUACAUAAGUUAUUUAUUUAUGUCCCAAGGCCAGAGGAGGAAGGGCUGCUGCCUCAGGUAGGCCCAGCAGAUCUGGGAUGGUGGAAGAUCAUCUCUGAUACUCAGUGGCACAGAAGCCAGCCUCAGAGAACUUGCCCUGGGCACUGGGCAGGGCCUGGAGCACAGAGCUGGGCUGGCUUCUACACGCUGACCCCUGGGGCCUCCUCACUCUCCUGAAGUUGAGUGCCAGCCACAGCUGAUGGGGGAGGAGGGAGGAGGGAGCAGCAAAGGACAUGGGAUUGGGAGCCAAGUGCCUUCUCCCUGUUCUCUGUGUGCCCCCCUUGCUCUCUGAGCCAGUUUUUCUCCUCUGUAAAAAUGGGAGUAACUGUCCAUAGUACCACUGACCUCCCUCCUGCGGCUGCCGUGAGGCAGUCUCUCUUUGUAACCUGGGAAGUGUCAGAGAAAGGUGCCCCCACAAUGAACCAAUGUUGCUGCUGUA